AUUUCACAAUUGAGCCUAAUCUUCAAUAACCAGAUCAGUCGAACUGAACUAUUGUUACUACCGAGAACUACGGUCAAGAUGACUCAAUUCGGUUUCCACACAACCGGCCAGCAGGUCGUCGAGACAUUCCCAGAGCAGGUUAGAGGCAGAACCUGUAAGUAUUCCCUGCAUGAUCCCGAACCCUAUAUUGACAUCAACAGUCGCUAUCACUGGCACCAGCGAGAAUGGUAUCGGAGCCACCACCGCCACCUCCCUGGCCCACGGGCACCCCGCCACCAUCUUCCUCCUCGCGCGCGCAGCGAAUCCAAAGUCACCAGCGUCAUCCAGAAGAUCCACGCGAUUGACCCGUGUAUUAAAGCCGUCUUCGUGAACCUCGACCUCGCAGACUACGACUCCGUCCGCGCCGCCGCCUCGGCGAUCCAGUCACAAACCCCUAAACUCGACGUACUCAUCAACAACGCGGGCGUGAUGGCAGUCGCGAACUUCACGCUCAGCAAAUCUGGCGUCGAGUACCAAUUCGCCGCGAACCACGUGGGCCACUUCCUCUUCACCACUCUCCUCACGCCUCUGCUCCUCGCCGCCGGCAACGGCAGCCGUAUCGUCAACCUCAGCAGCUCCGGGCACAAAUGCGGCCCAGUCCGAUUCGACGACUACAACUUCUCCGACGGCAAGGCGUAUAAUGCCUGGGAUAGUUACGGGCAGAGCAAGACCGCCAAUAUCCUCUUUAGCAUAGAGCUCGCAAAUCGGGGGGCCACGAAGGGCCUCGUCGCGAUUAGCGUGCAUCCGGGAAGUGUUUACGAGACAAGCCUCGGGGCCAACCUUACCCAGGAGUAAAUUAGGAACAUUGGCGAGUUGACGCGCUCGUAUGGGUUCGAGGUCGACCCGCUGAAGAACAGAGAGGAAGGAUGCGCGACAACGUUGGUGGCGGCGUUGGAUCCGAGGAUGGAGAGUGAGAGUGGGAAGUAUUUGGCGGAUUGCGUGGUGGAGCAGCAGAAUGCCUGGGCGAAGGAUCCGGCGGAUGCGACGAGGUUGUGGACGUUGAGUGAGGAGCUUGUGGGGCAGAAGUUUGAGUUGUGAGAGGCUUACGGAUGGGAAGGGGAGCGUAUUUUUGGUUUCAUUUCUU